UGCGUCCAUGUGUGUUUUUAUACAGUCUAUGGAGUGUUUACGGCCCCUCAUGCAUAUUCAUAACUGAAUAUUGACACUUUCGCUUGGGCGAUUGGGACACAACUUGGUGCGAAGUUGAGUAUCUGUUGGGUGUGCAUCAUCUCUGCUGCCCCUCCCGGGCUGGGGUCCUCGGCUCUUCGCUGCCCCUCCCCACUCCCUCCAGCUCUUCCUCUCCGUGUCAGCAUGGCGGCCGUGGAGCCCAGAGAAUGUGAGACAGACGGCUGCAGCAGCGAGGCCAAGCUGCAGUGCCCAACCUGCAUCAAGCUCGGAAUCCAGGGCUCGUAUUUCUGCUCCCAGGAGUGCUUCAAAGGGAGUUGGUCCACCCAUAAACUGCUACACAAGAAAGCAAAGGAAGACAAGAGCAAGGACGAGACAAAGAGCAGUGUGGAGAACGACGUUAACACAGACCCAUGGCCUGGCUACAGAUACACGGGCAAACUGCGCCCACACUACCCGCUGACCCCAAAGCGGCCCGUUCCAGAUAACAUCCAGAGACCUGACUAUGCAGAGCAUCCUUUAGGGAUGUCCGAGUCUGAGCAGACCAUGAAGGGGACGUCCCAGAUUAAGAUUCUCUCUCCGGAGGACAUCGAAGGCAUGAGAGUCGUGUGCAGGCUCGCCCGAGAGGUGCUCGACAUCGCCGCCCUGAUGGUGAAACCUGGCAUGACGACUGAGGAGAUCGACCACGCCGUGCACCUGGCGUGCACGGCGAGGAACUGCUACCCCUCGCCCCUCAACUACUACAACUUUCCCAAGUCCUGCUGCACGUCCGUCAACGAGGUCAUCUGUCACGGCAUCCCGGACCGGCGCCCCCUGCAGGACGGAGAUAUUCUCAACGUGGACAUCACCGUUUACCGCAAUGGGUACCAUGGAGACCUUAACGAAACCUUCUUUGUUGGGGAAGUGGAGGAAGGGGCGCGAAGGCUGGUCCAGACGACCUACGAGUGCCUCAUGCAGUCCAUCGACGCGGUGAAGCCAGGCGUUCGCUACAGGGAGCUGGGCAACAUCAUCCAGAAGCACGCCCAGGCCAGCGGGUUCUCAGUGGUGCGCAGUUACUGUGGCCACGGCAUCCACAAGCUGUUCCACACCGCGCCCAACGUGCCACACUACGCCAAAAAUAAAGCUGUGGGGGUGAUGAAGCCAGGCCAUGUGUUCACCAUUGAGCCUAUGAUCUGCGAGGGGGGGUGGCAGGACGAGACGUGGCCGGACGGCUGGACGGCGGUGACCCGGGACGGGAAGCGCUCGGCGCAGUUUGAGCACACCCUGCUGGUGACGGAGACGGGCUGCGAGAUCCUCACGCGCCGCCUGGACGACAGCGGCCGCCCCCACUUCAUGAGCCAGAUGUAGAGCGGACCGCGGUGGCCCCCGACGGUCCCGCACACGCACAGAUACGCACACACACACACACACGCAUACAUACACACUUAGACACACACACACACGCAGACAAACACACACACACAUAAACACACACACACACACACACAAACACACACACGCGCAGACAAACACACACACACACACGGACACACACACGCAGACAAACACACACACACACACACACAAACACACACACGCAUACAUACACACGUAGACACACACGCAGACACACAUAAACACACACAGGCAGACACACGCGCACACACACACGCAUACAUAUAUACAUACGCACAAACACAGAUGCACACACACUCACACAUGCGCAUACAUACAUACAUACGCACAUACACAGAUGCACACACUCACACAAGCAUACAUGCCCGUGCACAGAUACAUGCACACAGACACAUACACACACGCAUGUGCACACAUACAUACAUAUACACGUGCACACACAGACACACACUUGCAGACACUCUCACACACACACACACACACACACACGCGCGCGCAGACACAGGGACACACAUGCACACACACAGACACAGGGACACACAGACACACACACACACACACACACACACACACACACACACGCGCGCGCAGACACAGGGACACACAUGCACACACACAGACACAGGGACACACACAGACACAGGGACACACACACACAUGCACACACACACACACACACACAGGACUGUGACAGAGCACUGUUUACACACCACCCUGCCGCGGCCUCAAUCCUGGGCCUCUCCUUCGGUAUUUUCCUCCAUCUUCGAUUUUACGCUGAUACUUGAAUACAUCUGGAAUCAAAAUCAACUGUGUGGGAUAUUUUCUUUUUACGUGGGGUCACCCAUUUUUUUUUUUUUUUUUUUUUUUAAUAAAUUUUCCGCCGAUCUCAUUUAAGACAAAGAUUGCUAUUUAAACGAAAAUAUCGCUAGAGGCUUAUUUAUGAUACGCGGAGUUUAUUUAUGACACGCACGUACGUUUUCGAUGUUACCAAGGACGUCGUCCUCGCCGCCAAGCUUGGAUUCCGUAGAGGCGAACCGCACGAGGGUGCUUAAAUUUAGAAUGUACUGUCGGAAUGUACGCCGCGCCGUGAGACUCUCCUCCGGUCGUCCGCGGGGGGAACCCGCACACAGUUCCAUCGCGUCGCUUUAGAAGCCGAAAUGCCGAUGGCCCGGUCCGAGCUUGUGGUUCGCAGUAGAAGAGUCGAUUGGCUAGGAGACGGUUAUUAUUAUUAUUAUUAUUUUAAAACCGCCGUCCUUUCCGCCAGAGCACGGAGUAGCGCGCUCAGCCUUACCGUCGGAGAACGCGCGAGCCUGCUAAGACGGACCGAGGGAACGCCGGCGUCGAGCGAUCGACUUUUCACGCUGAACAUUUUCGUAUUUUACGCGACAGUGCUCUCACGUCCCUGUACUUAGAAACUCCAGUCAUCCCGCACCAUUUCCAGGCCUUAUCUUCGUGAUUCUGAGACCAUUUUAUUUUUAUUUUUGUAUGUUUGAUGUGGACGUUCGCCGUUGAGUAUUAUCCCCCCCCCCCCCAGGCAACGCAGACGUCGUCCUUUCCUGUACUAAAGCUAAAACCGGCACCGCAAAAAUAGAAAAGAAAAUAAUAAAAUCAGUCAGGAUUGUUUUCGCCCAGUUCUGCCAAUACAGAAAUUAUUUUACCCAAAUCACGUUAAUUUUUUAUUUAUUUUUUUUUAAAUGCAACUUUGAAGUGAUGUUGGUGAGGCUCUGGUUGUCAGUGGUGUCUCACUUUUCUGUAUGUGCGUGAGAAGGGUUGUGGGCGGUCCUUCGGCCUCUCCCUCACUCUGAUUGGCUGGCCUGGAACGUUGAAGUGUCACCGUUGUGUGAAGUCAUUCGGUGUUGAAUGUGCCCAGAAGCGGAAGACCACGGACAGCCGAACACUCCUAUUGUAUCAGUGUUGAUUCAAACGGCAUUAAAUAAUAUAUUCAUUGUG